AUGAUGAGGGGGCAUAGAUGUGGCUGUGAUGUUGCUCUUCGCUCUACCCACAAUGGGAAAAAACUAUACGUAUGCACGGGUAACACAAUGGAUGGGGAGCCACACCUCAGAACCUUGUGGGACGAAGCAGUUGUCGAGGAGCUGGCCGAGUUAAAAGACGAUUUGGCCGACUUAGACACACAGCUUGUCUACAUCAUCCAGGAUUGUGGGCGCAUCGACAAACUUGCGAGCGAGAUUGAAGGGCUAAAAGAAUCAGCCAGAAAACGUGAUGCAAAAUAUGCCUUCGAGUUCAAGAUUGCUUUGGCGUGCGCUGUUCUCGCAAGUUUCCUUGGUCUUACGGCCUUUCUUAGCUAG